CACUCCUCCACCUCCGCACUCACUCCAGGUCUUCUACAAGUCAAUCGGUAUUCUCCCUGCGUGUUGAGCUGAAGCAAAGAAUCCAUUCUCGCGCUUGCUCCUCAAGCAUUCAAAUUACCCCUUUCGCAUGGCUAAUAGGCAUACUAUCAUUCUGAUGCAGACCUCUCAAAAUAGAGCAACUAGAACAUUUAUGGAUUAUGAUUCAAUAACUCAAGCUAUGGAUGGUAUAUGUGGGCUAUAUGAAAGAAAACUUAAGGAACUAAAUCCAGCCAUCAGAAAUAUCACUUAUGACAUUGCAGAUCUCUACAAUUUUAUUGAUGGCCUUGCUGACAUGAGUGCUUUAGUUUAUGAUCACUCAAUUCGGGCAUAUCUGCCAUAUGAUAGACAGUGGAUAAAACAGCGGACAUUUCAACACCUUAAGAAAUUGGCGCGUUAAUGAAACACAUGCUGAUCAUAGUACCUAAUAUCUACUAAAGUUUUAUAUAGAAUUAAAUCCACCUGGAAAGGAAUAUAUGUGAAGUGCAGAUUUGGAUUGUCAUUUCAUUUGGGUUUGGCCCUUGAUCCCAAUUUGUUUAAUGUGGCAAUUGUACACUCUCAUUCCUUAUGGCUUCUAUGUGCCUAUAUAAGUAAUAACAGUGGCAGUUCUCUGCAUAAAUUACCGAUGAGAAGUGAUUGUUUAUUUGAUUAGAGUAUCGUUUGACAAAGUAGCAUUGUUUACAAGGCUUGACGUGUGAAAUAUUAGUAUUGUUUACAAGACUUGACCUGGGAA